AUAUUUCUUUGAGAACAAACCUUAUUAAAAAUUAUCAGUUUUUAUUUUAAUCACACUGUAAACAUUUAUAAAAAAAAGUAUUAUAUAGACCUAGCUCAAACUAUUACAUCCAGUAUAAGGUCUUUUGAGUUCCUUGUCGCUACAUUUAAAAUAAUAAAACAAUGGCCGCCAAAAUUAGCUUGCUCUUUGUUUGUGCUUUUGUGCUCUUCCAAUUUUUGUCGUCUGAGGCUACUGUGGUCCGUAGGGAAGUAGAAGCAGCUCCACAGAAAAACGAUUUGGAAGAAGCUUUCAACAGUUUCAAACAAGGUGUCGAGGAUAUAUUGAAGAAAAUCCAAAGCAAUGAAUUGGUCCAAAACGCUUCAAAAAGCAUAGACGAAUUCGGCAAACAAGUGAAACUAAAAUCCGAAGAGCUCGUUCAAAAAAUCAAGGAUAACGCUGCCUCCACACCUGCGCCUUGAGUUCAAUAUUUUAAUGUAUAAUUAAAAUAAAUCAAAAUUUUCUCUGACCUUUUUGUUUUAAAUAAAGUGUAUGCUUUCUUAGCCUGGCCAUAAGGCUGUGAUUUCAAAAAC